CCAGUUGCAUAAUCGCAACCUUAACCAACCGCAAAUCGACGUUUUUGCAGCAAAUUGGUACUAUUCUGUUGUGUAGAAAGGUUUAUAACGACAUGAAUAACUGUGGUUUAUGCUGUAAAAGCAUUGUAUAGAUAAUUGUUUCGAUUGGUCUACGAAUAACUUUUUUUGCCUUCCUCUUCAAUCCUUAAUAAUUUCGCAUCCAAGAUUUUUUAUCCACAAUGGGAGUUACUGGACUCUGGAGCAUUCUUGAACCAGUAAACCGACCAGUAAAGCUCGAAACAUUGGCUAACAAGCGUUUGGCUAUCGAUGCAUCUAUUUGGAUUUACCAAUUCUUGAAAGCCGUCCGCGAUAAGGAAGGUGAACAAAUGAAACACAGCCAUAUAGUUGGAUUCUUUCGAAGAAUAUGUAAACUCUUGUAUUUUGGUAUCAAGCCGGUAUUUGUCUUUGAUGGAGGAGCUCCCAUGCUGAAAAGACAAACAAUUCGCAAACGUCAAGCUCGACGAAUUACUCACAGAGAGGAUGCUACUCGUAUAGCAAACAAGAUUCUUGCAUUACAAAUGCGAAAACGUGCGUUUCAAGAACGCGAAUCACGUCUCUCUCCUCAAAAGGGAACUACAUUGACCUCAAAAGCAAUACAAGCUCCUUCCUCCAUGACAAUUGAUGUGGAAACAGUAAAGGUUGCCGUACAAGAAAGUCAAAAGUUUGCUAAAGCAGAUCCUUACCAACUACCAGAAAUGGGUGUCUCGUUUGACAAGUUGAACAGUAAAAGUGACCCUCGAAUCAUGUCGCAAUCCGAGCUCGCAGACUAUGCUUCUCAGUUCGGAGCUCAAAUUGAUAUUAGCAUGUUCGAUUUUGCCAAUAUAGACUUUGACUCAGAAAUGUUCAAGUCGUUGUCAGAUGCCGAUAAAUAUAAUAUUCUGAAUGCCGCCCGGCUACGGUCUCGACUUCGUAUGGGUCUUACAACAGAACAGCUCUCUGAAAUGUUUCCUAAUCGUAUGGAGUUCUCUAAAUUUCAGAUUGAACGCCUAAAAGAGCGCAAUGAAUUGACACAGCGGCUAAUGGAUUUUACUGGUAUGAAUAAAAAGGGACCUUUACGUAUUGCCAGUGAGCGUGAUAGGGAGUACAUUCUUGUCCGAAACGACGGUGUGGAAGGCGGAUGGGCUCUAGGUGUCAUUUCAAAUCAAGCUGAAAAAACUGAAAAUAAAAAUGUCGUUCUGCCUCAGAGCAGCGAAUUGGGAAAUUCUGAAUUUGACGUCGACGAUGAGGAUGACUUCGAAGAUAUACCUAUUCCACACAAGGUUGAACAUCUAAAACCUCGCGAAAUCGUCUCACAAAAACUUCGAGAGAUUCGUAUGAAACAAAACAAUGAUUAUGAGAAUGACGCCGAAAUUGAGGAAUUGAUGCUACAGAAAGCUAUGGAGGAAUCUUUUGCUACCCAAUCAUCAAAAAAGAAAACCCUUUUCAACUUGAAUGCCAAUGAUUUUAUGGAAUUGAAACAGUCAUUGACUACUGAUGAGAAACAGAACUCUCAAGAAGAAACCACUCUGCCGACAAUUUUAGAGGAAGCCGACGACUCAAAUGAGAAGCCCGAGAAAGAAGAAGAGACGGAAUUCUUGGAUGCAUUGCCUGCUUUUGAAGCUCCUAGUAAUGUUACGAAUGAAGUAAUUCAGGAUGUUUCAGGACUACCCUUCGAACCACUUGAGCUCGAUAAGUCAUUGUUUUUUAAACCAAGGCAGGAUACUGAAAAAACUGAACGGCCCCCUUCUCCAUCUUUAUUGGUAGAUCCUAAUACCAAUAAAGGAGAUGAACUUCCUUCAGAACUUUCUAUUGAUGCCGUUAGCAUUCUGGAACCGAACUUACCAAGUGAAAUAAAGUUGGCACAAAAUGCGACACAGGUCGUAGACAUAGCUGCAUCGCCAAUGUCUCCUAAAACUGAAAAUGUAAGUGAGAAAAUAAAAUCUGACGAAGAAAGGGAUACGAACUUUCCUGUCGAGACAUUGUUCGAGUCGUCGUCGCCGGUACCAAAGCAAGCAGCAUCCUCCAUAACCCAAGAUGAACCUUCACCGUUCGUUUUAGAUGUUAGACAGACCUUUCCACAGACCCAAGAAACUGAAGAGAACACUGCUGUAGUUGAAGAAAAGGAACUACCGCUUCCUACUGAGACAUUAUUUGAAUUGUCGCCUCAGCUUCCAAAACAGGUAACAUCGCCUGAGGAACAAAAUGGAAAACAAAAUGUUUUACAGACCGCACAAACCCAACAAAUAAAGGAAGAGCCUGUUAGCUCAGACUCGAUUGAUGUCAAGGUUACUGAACAAACUACUCUCCCCAAAGAAGAAAGUGUUGCUGAGCCUGCUAAACCCGUGAAGGUUGAGCCUUUGUCACCACAGAUAAAAGAUAUUGCGGCUGAAAAGCCUUCAGUGAAACCGGUCCCCAUUAAGCUAGAUGAUCAAGAACCAGAUACUAGCAUUACACAGGAACUUUUGGAUGACGAAGACCUAGAGACAUUAGUAAACUUGGCUGACGAAGAAAAAGAUUACGACCAAUUCGUCCAAAAGUUGCAAAGCAAUGCACCAGCGCCGGUACCGGUACCGGUGAAUAAAGAUUGGAAUGAGCAGGAUUUCGAAGCACGGUUACAUGAGCUUCGACAAAGCAAAAAGAAUGAAACAAGGGACGCAGAUGAGGUAAACCAAGAAAUGGUCCGGGAAUGUCAAGAAUUAUUACGCUAUUUUGGACUACCUUAUAUUGUUGCUCCCCAAGAAGCAGAGGCACAAUGUGCUAAGCUACUUGAAUUAAAACUAGUUGAUGGCGUCGUGACUGAUGACUCUGAUGUCUUUCUCUUUGGCGGAACCCGUAUCUAUCGAAACAUGUUCAAUCAGUCGAAGUUUGUCGAGCUGUAUCUUUCAUCGGAUAUGGAGCGAGAUUUCGCAAUCGGCCGAAAGCAGUUGAUCCAGCUAGCCUACCUUCUAGGCAGUGAUUAUACGGAAGGAUUAUCCAGUGUCGGCCCAGUAAGUGCGGUGGAAAUACUACGCGAAUUUCCAGGUGAUAAUCCAUUGAUUGAAUUUAAAAGAUGGUUUUUGCGCAUAGCAUCAGGAUCGCCCUUGGUCAAUGACCUUGGUACGCCUGUACGUCGUCGCCUUUCCAAAUUAGUUGGACGCAUUUCGUUGCCGACAAACUUCCCCGAUCCAGUUGUUGAAGAAGCUUACUUAAAUCCGACUGUGGAUGAUAGUAAACAAGAGUUCCAGUGGGGAAUUCCCGAUUUGGAUCAGCUGCGAGACUUUCUCAUGACAACUAUUGGUUGGUCACAAGCAAAGACUGAUCAAGUUUUGGUACCGGUGAUUCAAGACAUGACACGAAAACAGUUCCAGGGAACGCAAACAAAUCUGACGCAGUUUUUCAGUGGUCAGACGCCUUCCACAGCAGUGCAUGCUCCCCGGGUUAAUCAUCAGUUUAAGAGUAAACGGCUGCAUGCUGCUUUGACGUCUUUCCAAACAGCUAGUUCGGAGAAAACUGCGAGUACGACAAGUACGAUAGGCACGGAAACUCCAACGAUUGCAUCACAAGAGCACUCUACGGCGUCAGAAGAGCCAGAACUGUCUGAGGAACUUAAGAAGCGAAUUGAACGACGCAGACAAAUGAUGGCAAAUCGAACUUCCGACUCGGAGGAAUCUGAAGACGAACAACAACAACAACAAACUGUGGCUAGUAGUGCAUCUCAACAGCCUCUCAUCACACAGCUUGAUACAAAACUUUUCAAAAAAAGACGAGUCAGAUCUAAUUCUCGUCCCACGAAACCAAGACGUUCCCGUGCCAAAAAAUAAAAAGUCGAAAACACGGACAUUUUCUAUAUUGACAGUUGAUUACCGUCUCUCGUUUCGUUACCCUUCUGUGGCUCUUUUGUAUUGUUACUAUUUUUUCCCAUUUUUUCCCCUUCCAUCCUCCCUCCGAGC